GUGGUGGAUGCUGUGUGGCCGACGGGGGACUUGGUCGGAUUUGGAUAGUUGUCGGUUUCAAUAUGCAACUACCUGACAAAAAGUUUGAACUGGGAAAGUGUGCUGAGCUGCAUCAAAAAUGAUUUCAACUUAUGCUUGACAGACCAGUAAUGGAUACUUACAAAAUAGCCUGGUGACCAGCUUGUAAUUGUUUAUGUUUUAUUUUGAUGCGCUGGAGAAAUGUGGAGCGCGUUUAUGAACGGCUCGGGGCUGCACGGUGGGGGCGGUGCUGGUGGGGGCUACGUCCCGUCUCAAGGAUGGGAGUUUGUGCCGUGCUCCAGGAUGGAUAGGGCAGAAAGAGGCAGGGGCAAAAGUCGCAGCCCGUCGAGGAGGAUCUCCUCUCCGCCCACCGUCUUCAGUCACAUCUACGAUACCCAGUUCGGCGCCUCGCCGGGUGGAGGAGAAGGUGGAGCAGGGACGAGGCUUGAGCUCCUCAGGGGACAAAUGUGGCCGGGUCCCGAACACCACCAGCAGCAGCAGCAGACACAACACACAAGACUUAAAAAGAAAUUUGAGGAUCUGAAAAAGCGACACGUACAGGAUAAGGAAGAAUGGAUGCGCGAGAAGGAGUCAUUAUUGAGAGAAGUAGCUGAUAUACAAGGAGGGGAGAACAGGAGGAUUCUGUUGGACCUGAAGACAGUUUUGGAGGAAGUGCAGGCGGAGGUGAAGAGAGAGGAGGAGAAGAGGAGCGAGCUUCAGCUGCAGUACACCAGAGACAGAUGUGCCUGGGAGCUGGAGAAGGCCGAGCUCCAAAGCAGGAUUGCACAGUUGGAGGUUAGAGAGGGUGCUGGGUCUGUCAGUACAGGGGUCCACUUGGCAGCAGGUCCUGGCUCUGUGGCAUCGCGGAGUGCUCGAGAACAGCACGGCGAGACGUCAACACUCCGCCGGGAGAGGGAAGAGCAGCGGAGGCUCCUGGAGGACACGCACUCAACAGCCAUGGACCUGCGCUGUCGCCUGGAGCACAAUGAGAGGGACUGGCUAAGGGAGAAAGCCGAGCUGCUGGAGAGGUUCGACGUGGAGAGGAGGGAAUGGGAAUGCCAGCUGAAGGAUAUGCAGAGGAAAAUAGAAGAGCUGUACUGUGAUGUGAGGACCAAGCGAGAAGGGACUGGACUGCACACUGAGAAGCAGGAAGAGGAUGCUGUUGCACACAGGCUCAGCAUUCGCUCGACCAGCACCGGCUCUAGCCUGCUCAGUGACAACGAGCCUCUAAGCAGCAGCAGUCAGUCAGAACCAAUCACACACCCAGCUUUACCUGGUUUUGGUCUCAACAGACACAUCAGUGGGAGUGGAUGUGCCAGCAGGGAUCAUCGCCAGCCAGCCUGCUUCCAAGCAGACAGCCUCUUUGAAUUUGAUGUUGGUGGUCAGUUCACUCAGAAUGAUCAUUCACAACCUGAGCUGGUGGAGGAGUUAAGAUCCAGAGGCACUUGGCAGCAAGACUCUGUCACUGGUAGCAAAGAAGCUGUGGAUACCAUCGAGCUGGAUACUUUGUGUCAUGGAGCUCUUGGAUGUGGAGAGUCACAGAAAAAUGUCUCUCAAGACAGUGACAAAAACGUUGGUGCCGAAGAAAGACCUUUUUGGGCAGAGCUGAGUUACGGCAGUGACAAGAAGAAGAACAACACUGCUCUCAAUGCUGCUCUGAAGGAGAUAGCCCGUAUAAGCGAGGAGCUUUGUAGCUACCAGGAUGAGAUCAGAAAGAAGAGUGGGGAUAAGAGGAGUCGAUCUGAAUCCCUGUGCCUACCUGAGGAGAGUGAGAUGCCGCUUGCCCAUGAUAAAAUCCGUCUGGAGGUCGAUGAAGCUCCCUGCGACCUCAGCCAGAUUUACGAUGACCUUCGGGCCCUUGGAAAGGAAAACUGGAUCACACUGUCACCAGAUAACACCUGGCGGGCCGACAGAGGGCAGAGCAAAGCCUGGAGAGCCGACAGCGCGGAUCCAGACAGCUACAGAGAAACACAAACGUGCCCUGGAGUACUUUCUGAGAUUGAUACAGCUGGUCCACCCAUCCCUCCCCGCACCUCCUCCUGGAAUCUGAGCUCCCCUACCCAUCCAGACACAGAACUCCACAUCCCAGAAACCCCUGUGACCACAGUGAGGAAGUGCCAUAGUCCCUGUGUUUUAGUGGACAGAAAGUGCGGCAGCCCCUCUAUUGUCAGGAAGUUUGAGGCCAUGCUACAAGAAAAUGAAGGAAAAGUUUUGAUAGAUGGUGUUGUAGCAUCAUGCUCUGUACCAGCUAAUGAUAAAUGUAAUAUUGGCUGCUGCCACAGCCGCUGGUCCUGUGAUGCAAGUAAGUUCACUAACAGCACGCUGUCUACAUACGGGACUGUUCAGAAAAGCUUCUCUGAAGUCAACAUAUUGACUGUUGGUAAAGACAUGCACUCAAAUUACUGCCCUGGUGUCGGGAAUUUAAAAAUCUCUGAGCUACAAAUACCUCAGACUGUCAAAGAAUUACCUUUAGAUUUGCUCUUGUCCUCUCUUGAAAUACCACCUGCCAGUCCCCACCUCCAGGGCUCCAAAAGAAACAUAAUGCUGGAACAAAAAACAGCUGAGUUCAACAGAACUUUGUUUCAGGCCGAGAUGGGGCGUGGCGUAGAGGAACAUGACAGUUUUACAGUAACAGAUGCCGGCUCUGUGGGUCGCCAACCAGUCUUAUCAGCAACUUGUGCAUUAGAUGAGAUUUCACCUCCCAGGGAGACAAAAUUGCAGCCCCAUUGCACUGAUGUCACCACUAGCAUCAUGGGCGUGCACACCUCAGAUUCCACUAUUCAUUACCCUGAGGUCCAGCCAAGGGGACUGAGAUGUGGUCCUGAAGGUCAGGAGGUCAGAAUGAAGCAAGAAAUCCCUUCUCACCUUUCAUCUGAACAGCCACAGUUAGGAGUGCGGGAGGCAGCAACAAUAACCUCUCACAGUCCUGCACGCCAUUCUGAGGUCAAGCACAAAGUUCAAACAGCAAGCAGUCCCUCCAGGAAAACACAACGCAGAGCGGACACAGAGCCUCUUUUUACUGAGCCUGUCCUGCCUGCAAAUACCCAGCCAGGUUGGAGUGUGGACACUUCCAGCUCCAAGAAUGAGAGUCCCCAUGGAGCAAAGCCUCAGCCAGCCAGAGCUGCUGUCUCACUCCAGCAGUUGUCCGCUGAGAACAAACAAAGACAGAUGACACAGCCAGGGCACCAGGCAAAUUCAAGGCAUGUGUCUGCUCUUCCUUCUCAGUCGGACUCCUCCAGACCUGGGCCUCGAAUAAUGAAUGACCAUCCUUGGAAGGCCCUCACUCUGGCUGCGUACCCACGGCCCGAGGGAUCCAGGUCCAACUAUGGGGCGGUGGAAAGAAUUCUGAAGAAUUACGAGAGCGCAGCCCGGGCUCAACAAAACCAAAGCCAGCCAAAGGAGACAGCCGCAAGUCCUAACGUCAGUGUCAGGCAGGAGGGGAAUGUCACACAACUGGACAUGCUGGACAUGGACCCUCUGCCCUUAUCUCCCAGUCUGAGACACACACAGACUUCACACACCUCACAGACACACACCACACAUGCACAGCUCAGCAGCCAAUGUGCCAUGGGUGUGAAAGAGGUGCAUCUAACAGUGCAGGAGAACGAAGAGUCCUCUGUCUCCUCCUCCGUUCAGAAGAACUUCUCGAGGCCAGCCUGUCCAGCCAACCGACGCCUCCCCUCCCGAUGGGCCAGCCGCUCCCCCACGUCCUCCUCCUCCACCUCCUCAUCCCCCUCCACCACUCCUGUUGUGCCUCCAUCCUUCCCCCUCCAGAAACACACUUCCUCUUUUACGUAUUCACAUGCCUUUCACAUAGAGACUGUCAUCAUUUGAUCUCCACCUCAGCGUGUGAUUGAACCAACAAAAAGCCUUCGGUGAUAAACUCUGAACACUGAACAUUGCUUUGCAUUGUUGUUGUACAUAUCAAACCCAGACUGCUUCUCCACUCCUGCAGACUCAGAAGUGCUUUAGUUGUGAGUUCAGAAACUCACUUUUAGAAUGUAUGUGGCGUCCAGUAAAGCCUAACUGACCAAGGAAGGCAAGAAAAGGAUCUGAAGCAGCUUCACUUAUUCAGCAGUAUGCUCCGAUGGACCUGUCUGGCGUCAUUCAUAGCCUCAGAAUGACAACAUCACACCCAAAACGUCAUUCAUUCAUGCCAACCAUCUGAAUGGAUGUCCUAUGCUCAGGUCUGGAUUCUAGCCUUGACUACUGUAGCCUUGCAGAUGUACCAACAGCAGAUCCUCCAUGACUCCUUCUGUUCUACAUACUGUAUGUACACCUUAAAGUGAUGCUUGCUCAUAUUCAAACUAUCCAAAAACUUCCAGCCAGUUGAAAUCCAGGAUGAUGUAUUCAAUAUGUACUGUAUUUUGUAUUUUGUGCACGACAUGUUUUGUGUGCUUUUUGCACCAAAUAUGAUGUUACAUAUGCAAUAUGCAGCAUCAUGGUGGAUUCAGAGAUAAAGGCAGCAUAACAGAGUUUUCCCCCGAGCAUCACUCAGUGUGCUGAAUAAAGCAGCGUGGGUUUCUGCCUUCUUGAAUAUCACCUACAGUACAUACUGGACUGUACCUUGCCUGUGACUAAAAAUGUUUUUGCUUUACAUUUUUCAUAAUUACAGCAACACAAAAAAUGUGAAUGUGAGUUCCUUUUUUUUUUUUUUUAUAACUUUGUACCAAAGGCUGGUUUCUUUAUAUGCAUUUUCCUGAUUUGAAAAUCAAACACAUUGCCUGUAAUAUCAUUUAUUUUUUCUUUCAACCCAUUGCUGAUGUUUUUCAAUCAAAUAUAACAUCAUUCAUGAGAGCCUGCUUUUGUGCAUAACAUAAUUAACAACGCUUAUGAAAAAAAAUAUUAAAAAGCCUUUUUUUCUACUUUUACUAAUUCUGAAUGGUCACAUAUCAGGACAUUACUCAACUGAGUAGUACAGUUUUUUGGGGUCAAAGUUGUGAAUCAUAUCAUGAUGAAGGUGAUGCCUUUGCUGUUCCUUUUGUGUAAUAA